AUGGUGGUCGAGAAGUUCAGGGAGGUAAAGGCACUUAGCGGCCUUCACGAAGGUCCAGAUUAUCUGAAAUCUGGAGAAAUAAGAGAAACCAAACUCUCCUCUUCACAGUGGUCCGCUCUGGUUUAUGUGUUGCUGACAUCAGAGCAGAAGAUGGAUAUGUUUGAUCUGAAACCGUUUAUUGUAGCACAACAUACAGCAGAUGAAGUUCUUCAGAAUCUGUUACCUGUGGUUAAAGAAUCCAGAUCAGCUCGGUUAUGUGGAUGUAAUCUCACUGCUCAGUCCUGUGAAAGUUUGUCUUCAGCUCUACAAUCCUCAAACUAUGUCCUGAGAGAACUGGACCUGAGUAACAAUGACCUGCAGGAUUCAGGAGUGAAGCUGCUCUCUGAUGGACUGAAGAGUCCAAACUGUCAGCUGGAGAUACUGAGAUUGUCUGGCUGUAUGGUGACAGAGGAAGGCUGUGGUUAUGUGUCUUCAGCUCUGAGUUCGAACCCCUCACACUUGAGAGAGCUGGAUCUGAGCUACAAUCACCCCAGAGAUUCAGGAGUCAAGCUGCUUUCUGAAAAACUGGAGGACUCAAACUGCUCAUUGGACAAACUGAAUGUGGAUCAUGGAGGAGAAUCCAGAAUUACAGCAGGACUAAAGAAAUAUGCCUGUUUUCUCACACUGGAUCCAAACACAGCACACACUCGUCUCAGUCUGUCUGAGGAGAACAGAAAGGUGACAGGUGCGGAAGAGGAUCAGCCGUAUCCUGAUCAUCCAGACAGAUUUGAUCGUGUGCUUCAGCUGUUGUGUAGAGAGAGUGUGUGUGGACGCUGUUACUGGGAGAUUGAGUGCAGUGGAGAUGUGUCUAUAUCAGUGUCAUAUAAGAGCAUCAGCUGGAAGGGAGACGGUGAUGAGUGUUGGUUUGGAUCUAAUGAUCAGUCCUGGAGUUUGAUCUGCUCUCCCUUCAGUUACUCAUUCAGACACAAUAGCAAACACACUGCUCUCCCUGUGAAGCCCAUCAGCAGGAGAAUAGGACUGUAUGAUGAUGAUGAUGAUGAUAACAGUAGAAUAGGAGUGUUUGUGGAUCACAGUGCAGGAACUCUGUCCUUCUACAGCAUCUCUGACACAAUGAGCCUCAUCCACACAGUCCAGACCACAUUCACUCAGCCGCUCUAUCCUGGGUUUUAUGUUUUUAUUGGGUCAACAGUGAAACUGAUUUGA